AUGCCAGGAAACCUCCCGAGAGAUGUCCAUGAGAGCGAAGUCGAGGACUUGUUUCAUAAGCUAACUGUCAAACUUGCACAAAGUGACCGGGGAUCCUCACGUGGAAGAAGUUGUUGCAGGCGUUAUAGUGGUGAAGGAAGUGGAGCUCCUAGACACUCCAGCUACUAUGUUUUGGUCACAGGGCUACCAUCUUCUGCCUCUUUGAAAGAACUAAAGGACCACAUGCGAUGUGCUGGUGAUGUAAGCUUUUCUCAAGUGUUUCAGGAUUGCUAUGGUGUGAGAGGAAUCGUUGACUACUCAAAUUAUGAUGACAUGAAAGAUGCCAUACGGAAGCUUGAUAACUCUUUGUUUUGCAAUAAGAGUACAUGGGAUCAUUACAUAAGAGUGGAGGUGUUUGAUCACGGACGAAGCAUGUCAAGAAGUCCUAGUUAUAAUACACGUGAUUCGACAUGCAAGAGCCCUGGAUAUUGA